AUUAAUAACAGAUUUUUCUGUAGAAAGAUUGAAUAAUGAUUAAAGUAGUUUUACGAUUUCAUUUAUUACAAUUAAUUUAUUAAUCAAGAUGGGAAGCAAAUGUGCAACAUGUUAGAAUUGUUAGAAAAAAGAAGAAGUUUUGAUAAGUUAAGAAGAAUAGCAAUCAUCUGGAUAAAUGAAUCAAUAUUCAUAAUAACCUAAUGAAGAAGAUGAUGUUGAAGAUAGUAUGUGUUUUACUAUAAUUAUUAGAUCUUGAAAAUAAGAAUUUAGAGGGUUCUAGUCAUAUAGUGUAAAAAUAUUUGAACUUGGAUUUAAAACCAAAAAAAGAAGUUGCUCCAAUAUAGGAAGUUCCAGUCUAAAAUAUUGAAAUUCCACAAGCAUAAAUUGUAAUUACAGUUGGUAAAUGAAUUGUAUAUGAUAAGAGUCAAACUAAGAUAGUAAAAAACGAAAAAAUGAGAUGAUGUUAAGAAAUUAAGAAGACAUGCAUGAAACUUAUAUAAGUAAGUCUGAAAACUCAGUGAGAGAAAGGAGACCUCGACAUAUAUUUAAGGUAUAAAUUUCUUUAAUAGGAAAAUUAGAGUGGAGCAUAUUAUGAUGGAGAAUGGAUUGGUUAAAGUAGAGAUGGAUAUGGUAUAUAAAUUUGGAAUGAUGGGGCUAAGUAUGAAGGUGAAUGGAAGAAUAAUAGAGCUAAUGGUAGAGGUAAGUUUUGGCAUAUAGAUGGUGAUUUCUUUGAUGGAGAAUGGAAAAAUGAUAAAGCAUAUGGAAAAGGUAUUUAUAUUCAUUUGAAUGGUGCAAAAUACGAAGGAGAUUGGAUGGAUGAUUUAUAACAUGGAUUUGGAAUUGAAACAUGGGCUGAUGGUUCAAAAUUUGAAGGAUAAUAUUAAAAUGGAAAAAAAGAAGGAUAUGGAAAAUACUUUUGGUCAGAUGGUUCUUCUUAUGUUGGGAAUUGGAAUGAAAAUAAAUUGAGUGGAUUUGGUGUAUAUACUUGGCCUGAUGGAAGAGUAUUCUUAUAGAUUAUUUAAGAAAUAUUUAGGACUAUGGGCAAAUAAUUAAAUGAAUGGUAGAGGUACUUAUUUUUGGAAGGAUGGUAGAAAGUAUGAAGGUUAUUAUUAGAAUGACAAAAAACAUGGUUAUGGAAUCUAUACUUGGCCAGAUGGAAGAGUAUUAUAAUUUUAUUAUUAAGCAAUAUGAGGGAUAUUGGUAAAAUGGAAAAUAAUCUGGAAAAGGUAGAUAUGUAUUAUAGAAUGGCAAAAGCUAACUUGGAUUAUGGGAAGAUGGAAAAAGAAUUAAAUGGUUAGAUUAAUCAGAAUAAAAUAUGGAUAUUAGUCCUAAAGAUUGGAAUGCAUAUGUUUAGCCAUCUAUACUUUCAUGA